CAAGCAAAUUACUCCAACGUCACAUCAAUUAUUAGGGAACCCUGACCUUAGUCUAGUCAGCAAACCACAUUAUUAGCUAGUUAGCGGCCAAGAAUAACCUAGACAAUACAGACCAUUAUACUUGCAUUCUCCUACAUCAAUCCCAGAGACAAAGAAUGGUUAAACCGCUUAUCUUCAAAGGCGACAAGCCGAAAAAACGCAAACACCGCGACGCCGACGAGCGUGACUCCCGCGCCAAAGCCCCCAAAGCCAACCACCUGUCCGAGACAGCAGCAGAAGACGACACCGAAGCAGCGGCAGAGGACCAGAGCUGGGUAUCCGCCGACGUUCCCUCCGACAUUGCGGGCCCUAUAAUCUUCGUCUUGCCCUCAGACCCGCCGACAUGUCUUGCGAGCGACGCGAACGGGCAGAUCUUUGCCAGCGAGCUGACGAAUUUGAUUGACGGCAACCCUUCGACGGCGGAGCCGCAUGACGUGCGACAGGUCUGGGUUGCGACGAAAGUGGCGGGGACAGAGGGCUUCAGUUUCAAGGGACAUCAUGGGAAGUACCUGAGCUGCGAUAAUCACGGCCUCCUAUCCGCAACCGCCAGCGCGAUCUCGCCCUAUGAAUCCUUCCUUGCGAUCCCCCCCCCAGAUAUUCCCGGCAUGUUCUCCUUACAGACAAGCGGAGGCGACAAGGAGACCUUCCUAAGCGUGCGCGAGACGACCAGCAAGAAGUCUGUCAGCGGGACUGCCGUUGAGAUCCGUGGCGAUGCGACGGCCAUCUCCUUCGAGACCUCGCUGAGGAUCCGUAUGCAGGCGCGGUUCAAGCCGAAGUUGAAGCUUUCGCGUGAGACCAAGGCGCGCGAGAAGAUCAGUCGGAAGGAGCUCGAGGCUAUCGUCGGCCGCCCCCUCGAAGAUCAUGAUGUCAAGAGACUGCGGAGAGCGCGCAGAGAGGGUAACUUUCACGAAGAAGUCUUGGAUGUGCGAGUGAAGGGGAAACAUGAUAAAUUCGCCUGAGUCCUACAUUUGUUGGCUCGACCUGAAAGUGUGUCAGCACAUAAACUUAAGAGCUCUCCACAAAGCAUUAUAUCCAGAGUCAGAAGCCUGAGGAUUCUCCCACGGGGUAGGGACAGCACAGCAUCUACCGCUUAGCUGCCAAGGCAUCGAACACGCCAUCCAUCACAAAGCAGAUGGGCCGCGUGGUGAAGAAUACAGGCUCUGGAGUGGUUAAAAGGAUCCGGAAGUCCUAAUAUCUACAAUUGGGCUACAGCAUGAGUUGCUCAAUACAUUAAAGAACAGAUCAAGUGAUUUAGACUCAAGUCUUUGCGUUUCAUAAUCAGAUAAUGGGUAUCGUAAUCUCACAAUUGGCUCAAAAGACCCUCCCAGAACUAUCGCAUUCAUGUCCAGACCAUAUGCACAUCGUGAAUCGAG